GGCUUGAAGAGAAAGGCGCCCGCGUUGGACCUUCAUAUCUGCGCUAAUUGCGAAGAACCGUACACAACCACCGAUAAUUCGGAUACCGCGUGCCAGUUUCACGCAGGUGAGAUGUAUCUAGACAGCGACUCAUCAGUGUGGUACGACCAUGACGAAAAGACCUGGGGAGACCCGGACACGGACUUCAACCGCGAAGAGUAUCCAGAGGGCUUCCUGUGGGACUGUUGUGAGAAGCGCGGAGAUACCAAAGGCUGCACAUCAGCCCGGCAUGAGAUCGUCAGCGGUAAGCGAAGAAAGUACGCAAGAAGUCCCGAUGCCAGCUCAAGCGACCACGAAUCCGAGGAAGGAGAAGGCGAGAGUGAGGACGAUGAAGGGGAGGACGAGGAGUGA